AUGGUGAAGUGUGCGUCCAAAGCAAGCCGCACUGGAGCGCCGUCAUGGAAAAAGGACCUAUCCAUCAUCAAACGACUGAGGGCCAAAAAGGAUGCUCCAGUUGAUUCGAUCGGUUGUGAGCGCCUGGCGGACGUAAGAGCUAGCCGACGAACAUACGAAUGGCAAUGCUUGGUAGCUGCCAUGUUAUCUUCCCAGACCAGGGAUCAAGCCACUGCUGCUGCAAUGGAAGUUUUGCGAAAACAUGGCAACACGGCGGAGAGCAUUGCCGCGACUUCAGAAGCGAAGCUGGCGAAGCUAAUCAGUGCAGUUGGCUUCUUCAAUGUGAAGGCCAAGACCUUGAGGGCUGCUGCGAAGGUCUGCCUUUCAGACUACAAAGGGUGGAUUCCGCAGACAAUGGAAGGAUUGCUCUCGCUGCCGGGCAUUGGUCCCAAAAUGGCGCACUUGGUGAUGCACAGUGCCUUUAAUCGCCCUCAGGGCAUUUGCGUCGAUACGCACGUGCAUCGAAUUGCCAACCGGCUUCGCUGGGUCAAGAGCAAGACUCCUGAGGGCACACGUAAGGGCUUGGAAGCUUUGCUUCCGCGAAGGGAGUGGGCAGGGAUCAAUGUCUUGCUGGUUGGACUUGGGCAGAUGCAACAGCAAGCCGCCUCACAGCUCCUUGAAAGGGCGCUCCGGGUUCGCUGCAGCCUGGAGGCAGUUCUUCUCCUCCAGCGGAUGGGGGUCUCCUUAUAUGCUGGCCAGCAUGUGGCGCUGGACAAGCUGUCUGCCAGAGAUCAGCGACUGAGCAAAGAAUCUCCUUCGACCGCGCCAGCUGCUCAGGUCACCUACCACACCCUCAUCUCCCUCUUCAGCAAAGCCGACAUGCCCCGGCGAGCGCUUCAGGUCCUCGAGUCCAUGCGGGCUGGGUGCUGCCAGCCAGGGCUCCCCGGUGCGGGCUUCGGUCUGAUCAGGGGAGCUCCCGGAGGAUACAAUGCUGCCAUCCGCUCUCUGUCGGGCGAUGAGGCGAACUUCCCUGGUGCCUGGGAGACGGCGACGAGCUUGUUCAGGCAGCUCACCUCUGACGGACUGCAGCCUGACAAGGGCAGCUUCAACGCGCUUUUGAGCGUUUAUGGCAAUGCUUCCAGGUGGACCUCAGUCUUGCAGGCGGUAGAUACCAUGUGUCAGGUGCCAUGGGUUUCACCCGAUGUCAUCACCUGGAGUACUGCAGUGGAUGCUUGUGGACGGAGUGCGCGAUGGGAGGCUGCUUCAUACCUGAUGUGCAGCAUGAGGCGCCUGAAGCUUGAAGCCAACGUCGUGGUUUGGAGCGCUCUGGUCAAGGCGUACGACCAAGCGAGUUGCUGGGACCGAGCCCUUGCCACUGCAGUGAGGAUGAUGCACCCUGGCCGGCAGCGGCGCGCGCUGCCCAGGCCCAAUGCAGUUGCUUUGACCAGUGCCGCUAGCGCUUGUGCCAAGGGCCAGGCCUGGCAGCAGGCCCUCGCUUUGCUGUGGACGUCCCAAAGGUGGCAUCUUCGGCCGAGCCUGACGGCCUUCAACACAGCUCUGAGCGCCUGUGCCGCGAGCAAGCAGUGGCGGCAGGCCUUGGCUGGACUCGGAAGCUUGGGUCCAGCUGCCGACUUGGUGACGCGCAACGUCGUCCUGGCGUCGUUGGAGUUUUCGCGAAGAUGGGAGCAUGCUCUGGCACUUGUGGUGUCCAUGGUGCAGGAGGACUUCUGGCCAGAUAUCUUCAGCUUUAACAGUCUGCUCAGCACUUUCGAGAAGGCUGCGCAGUGGGAGCGCGCCGUGAUGCUGCUCUUGCGGAUGUUAGACUUUGUUGUUGUACCGGAUGACAUCAGCUGCAACGUGAUAGUGGCCAGCUGCCACUUUGAUGAACAAGAGGUCCUGGGUUGCAUCUGUCGCCGUGGUGGCUCCUGGCGGGUGGAGCUCUUAGCUCAGGGCUCAUGCACGAGGUGGCCGAUCUCAUUGUGGAGCCAGGAUGUAGCACGGUAUGAAGGUAUCGCGCCCCAGAAUGUGCAGGAUGGUACGGUGUCGAAGGUGUGCCAUGUUAUUGUGGAACAACGUGACUGCGAAAAGAGGGCUGCUGAGGUUUCGUUCGGCUGGCAUGCCGUAUCUUUCCGCGAAAUCAGGAGCUCGGGUGCUUUAGCUGUCGCCUUGGCCGUGGCCUUGUGCUGUGGGAUCGAGCAGCUCCUCUAUGUCCUAGCAGGACGGCUGCCUCAGGCACAGAGCCAGCGAGCUGCUGCAGUUCGCCGACGCGCAGCGAUCCGGGACCGAGGCAUGGCCCUGAAGACAUUGGGUUUUACUGAGAGCUUCAACUCGGAGCCCUCGGAAGAGGAGCUGCCGGAUGCAUUUUUGGUCUUUUCAGGCAGCGCUGAGAAGCUGCUGCUCGUGAAGGAGGCCUAUGACUUUCUCCUGAAUGCGCCCACUGUCACCGUCUGGGAUGAAGGCGUUCCUGUGAACGAGCGCAGGGGCUCCACCACCUACACCUCCCCGGGCCGCAAGUGGCCGCGCUACCCGCAGGAGCGACCAAAAGCAUGGAAGGGACCAAGGCGUGAGCUGAUCAUAGGUGGUGUGGUUCUCGGCACCGUGGUGGCCAUCGGCAUCGCCACCCAGGUCGUUUCCACAAAACCCCGCGACGACUACCUUGCAAGCAUUGGAGAUAUGGAGGAGGGAGUCGAGGGUCUCGGAGGCUCCGAGAAAAAGCUGCCACCACUUGUGAAGAGUGGUGGAUACAAGCUCGGAGAGGUAUAUCGGCAGUUUGCCGAUGAGUCCACAAAGGUGAAGCGGCCCGUCCUCUUGCUGGGUGAGCUGGUGGCAGGUCGGCCGGGCUCCGGAACAGUGGAGCGUGCCACGUCUUUGGCUACGCUUUUGCUGUCCGCUAUGUCAGCCAAGAAGAGCAACGGGAAGCCGAGGUACGAAUCCAUCACGGCGGUGAUAUUGCAAGACGACGUACAAGCUGAGUUACUUCUGGUGCCGGCACAAAAGACCUAUGUGGACUCUUCCGACCUCGACCCCCUCACGGCCAAGACCCUUCGAGAGAACAACUCUCCAGGCGUUUUCAUCUUCGACCUUACACGCGAGCAGUGGGAGGAGCAGAAGUUCGACGGACAGAGUGCCUUUCUGGCACUUGCGGAAGAGUCCGAUAG